AUGAGGCGGAGAGACUUGCAGAUGGAGAUGAAGAGGCCGAAGGAGUCGGAGACAGAGAGGCCAAGGGAGACUGAGAUGGAGACAGACAGGCAGAUGGAGACUGACAUGGACAAGCCGGCAGAAGAGGACAAUGUAGAGGGUGUUGGAGCCAGAGAGGGUGCUGCGGAGGCAGAGGGAGUGGGAAGGGAGAGGGAGAGGCAACGGAGAGUAAGAUGGCAGAAGGAGAUGGAGCCAGAGAGGCAGAGGCAGACGGAAAUGAAGAGGCAGAGAGAGAUGGAGAGUGCAAAGGAGAGGCAGGAGGAGACCAAGAUGCAGAGGCAGACGGAGAUGCAGAGGGAAACCAAGACGCAGAGGACGAGGGAGACACAGAUGCAGAUGCAGAGGGAGAAGGAGACACAGAGGCAGAGGGAGAAGGAAAUGAAGAGGCAGCGGGAGAGGCAGAGGUGGACAGAGAUGGAGAGGAAGAUGUAG